AUGACCAAGGCCGGUAGCAAGGGCAGGAACCUCCGCGACAAGCUGGACGGCAAUGAGCUAGACUUGAGCCUCAGCGACCUGGCUGCACUCCCAAAGGCCACCGUAUUGGAUCUGUCCUGCAAUAAACUGAGUACUCUACCAUCGGAUUUCUGUGGCCUCACACACCUGGCGAAGCUGGACCUCAGUAAGAACAAGAUGCAGCAGCUGCCCGCAGACUUUGGUCACCUGGUCAACCUUAAGCUUGAUCUCCUCAACAACAGGCUGGUCACCUUGCCUGACAGCUUUGCCCAGCUCAAGAAUCGGAAGUGGCUGGAUCUGAAGGACAAUCCCCUGGACCCUGUGCUGGCCAAGGUGGCCGGUGACUGCUUGGAUGAGAAGCAAUGCAAGCAGUGUGCAAACAAGGUGUUACAGCACAUGAAGGCCGUGCAGGCGGAUCAGGAACGGGAGCGGCAGCGCCGACUGGAAGUGGAGCGAGAGGCAGAGAAGAAGCGAGAGGCCAAGCAGCAAGCUAAGGAAGCGAAGGAGAGCGAGCUGCGGAAGCGGGAGAAGGCGGAGGAGAAGGAGCAUCGGCAAAAGGAGUAUGAUGCCCAGAAAGCUUCCAAGAAGGAGCAGGAGAAGAAGCCCAAGAAGGAAACAAAUCAGGCCCCAAAAUCUAAGUCUGGCUCUCGCCCUCGCAAGCCACCACCCCGAAAACACACUCGCUCCUGGGCUGUGCUGAAGGUGCUGCUGCUGGUUGCAUGCCGGCUGACAGGGCUGCAGCAGCAGCCCCUCUGCACCAGCGUGAACACCAUCUACGACAAUGCCGUCCAGGGCCUGCGUCACCAUGAAAUCCUCCAGUGGGUCCUCCAGACCGACUCCCAGCAGUGAGCCUGUCCUCAGCACCGCUGCCUCCCAGCCUUGGAGCUUGGAUUCCUAUGGAAUUGGGUUCUGCUGGACACAACCUCUUUUUAGCGUCAGACCUACCUGCCACCAUCUAAUGGCUGCUGACUGGUACCUGAGAUCUCCCUUUGUAGGACUUCUCUGUUCCUUGGGGCUCCCUGGUGGAAUGAGAAGAAAUGGAGAGGGGGGAAGAGUUACCUGCAUGCCUAAAGGAAUAGGCUUAGGGGCGGGGGAGAGAGAAGACAUGGGCUUUUCUAGUUACACAAAGCUGGGCAAGACAAGGUUCCUUUCUACUAAAUAAUCAGCUGUCACUACAUUUAUACUUUUGUAUGUCAUGAACCCUUUCUUUCAUUCCUCCCCGGGUAACCAGGACAGACUGGAGGGCAGUGUGACACUGGGGAGUAAGGGAGGAUUUACUUGGGUAAAUCCAGCCUAAGGUGGGGAGGGUAGAGUAAUACGCAUCCUUAAAGAUCUCGGACAUUCGAGCGCUUUAGCAGUGUACAGAAUGUCUGGCUAUGAACAUAACUUCUCUGCCAUUGGUCCAGUGUGAUGCUUUGAGGCAGGAAGCUGUCCUUGACUUGUCUACAGAAUUCUGGCUAGUCUAAGGCAGAACCCAGCUCUCACUCCAGUUUUCUUCCUUUUCUUGAUGUCAUUUGGCCUUCUUUGUAAUACCCAAAAGGACAAACUCACACCAGACCUGUCUCAGCCAAACUGAGUCUGUUGUAAUAGACAGUCUUGCCACACACAUCAAUAGAUCUCAGACCGUCGGGGGCCUGGGAAGCGCCUGUGGUACUUUGCCUCAACCGAAAUGGCUUCUACACAAUGGCAGCA